AUGGCGCUACUUGAACAGCGAUGGGUGACAGUCCAGCAGAAGACGUUCACGAAAUGGCUAAACAACAAGAUCCAAGCCAGAGAUGUACAAAUCGACGACUUGGUGCAUGAUCUUUCCGACGGCGUCGUACUCAUCCACCUCCUCGAAAUUCUCAGCCAGGAAUCCCUCGGGCGCUAUGCCUCCCGCCCCAAGCUCCGCGUCCAGCGUUUCGAGAAUGUGAACAAAGCGCUCGACUUCAUCAAAGCGAGGCGAAUACAGCUUACGAACAUCGGCGCGGAGGAUGUGGUGGACGGCAACCGCAAGAUCAUACUGGGUCUGAUAUGGACAUUGAUUCUCAGGUUCACGAUCAGCGACAUCAAUGAGGAGGGGCUGAGCGCCAAAGAGGGCUUGCUGCUGUGGUGCCAGAGGAAGACUGCAUGCUAUGAGGAGGUCGAGGUGCGGGACUUCUCCACAAGUUGGAAUGAUGGACUGGCUUUUUGUGCACUGCUUGACAUCCACCGACCAGACCUCAUUGACUACGAUAGCCUGGACAAGAGCGAUCACCGCGGCAACAUGCAAUUGGCCUUUGAUAUUGCUUCCAAGGAGAUCGGCAUCCCAGAUCUCCUCGACGUUGAAGAUGUCUGCGAUGUGGCCAAACCGGAUGAACGAUCACUUAUGACAUACAUUGCGUACUGGUUCCACGCCUUCUCGCAGAUGGAGAGGGUCGAGAACGCAGGAAGGAGAGUGGAGAAGUUCGUCCAGAAUAUGCAAGGCGCCUGGUCGAUGCAGAAUGAUUUCGAGCGACGGAUGAGGGAUUUACUGCGCCAGAUUGCUCAGCAGAGGCAGGAGUGGGAAGAGGCUAGGUUUGAAGGCACAUACACGGACGCAAAGAACCAAGCCACAGAGUUCACAGUGUACAAGAGGAGCCAGAAGCGGAAGUGGGUAGCGGAGAGGUCGGAUCUCGUUGGGCUGCUCGGGAACAUCAAGACAAAGCUCAGCACGUAUAGGCUACGACCGUAUGAGCCUCCGCCGGAGCUGAGUUUGGAAGCUCUUGACCGGGCAUGGAUGGGUCUGAUGCAAGCAGAACGAGACCGGAGCCAGACUAUCAACGAGACCAUUAGAGACAUCAAGAACGCGCUGCGCCGCUCUUUCGCCGACAAAGCGAACGACUUUGCCCUCGCCCUGAACACCCUAGCGACUUCGAUAUCUGGCUUGGAAGGCGACGUUGAGGACCAGCUGCGACACAGCCAGAAGAUUAGCGAGAACCUCCAGCCUCUGGAUCAGUACCUCGGCAUCAUCUCCGAUCUAGAUCAGCAAUGCGCCGAAGCGAACAUAGAAGAGAACGACUUCACCACCUACACGUACGACGAGCUCGAAUACGAACUAGGCCUGGUCAAGUCCAGCGUGUCGAAGAAGCUCGCCUUCCUCGAGAACCAGAUGGUCGCGAGAAACAUGACGAACCUCACCCCGAUACAGCUCGAAGAAUUCGAAUCCGUCUUCAGACACUUCGACAAGGACGUCAGCAAUUCGCUGCAAGAGCUCGAGUUCUCAGCGGCAUUGGCCAGCCUGGGUCUUGUGUACGACGAAGCGGAAAUGCAUGAGAAGUUCAGGCAGACCAGCGGGGGGCGGGACCAUGUCACCUUUGAGCAGUUCAUCAGGUUCAUGGUCGAUGAGACGGAAGACCAGAACACGGCGGAGCAGGUGUUCGAGAGCUUCAAGGAGGUUGCGGAUGGAAAGCCAUACGUCACCGAACUCGACCUACGACACUCUCUUGUGCCGGAUGAAGUGAUUGACGACUUGGUAAAGACUAUGCCGGAGCACAAGGGCCCCGAUCUUCAGGAGGACAGAGACAUGCCGAAGUACGACUACAUCACUUACAUGGAGAAUUUCAUGGGGAUGACGAACGGGCAUGUUAACGGGUUGAAACGCUGA